AUGACAUCGAUACAGGAUGACAUCUUUCAAUGUGUCCUGCGUGGGGACUUUGAGAGAAUAAAACAGUAUUUUGAACGCGAGGAUGUCACAGAGUCGCAGAAAAUGGAUUUGUUGGAGAUGAAGGACGAGGUUGGGAGAAAUGUUCUGUCAGCGGCCGCCAUGAUGGGGAGGAGCGCCAUCGUCCGCGAGCUGGUGAGACAUGGAGCCUGUGUCAACCAGCACACUGCCAGAGGUUAUUCCUCACUGCACCUCGCUGCUUGUUGGGGACACGUGGACACGGUGAGGACUCUGCUUGAACUGGGAGCCGAUACACAGGCUGAGACCUUCAGAGGGGAGAGAUCUGUAGACCUGGCUAGUAAAUACUCCAGGACUGACUGUGAGGACUGUCUCCUCCUGGCCGAAGCUAAGCAAGACUUGAUGUCAUAUGUAGCCUUUGUCACAGACCUGACCUCUGACCCCGAGAGGAACCUUACCAAAGAGGAAAAGAACAUCUGUGCGCGUGCAUGCUCUGCCAAGUCCGAAUGGAUUCAGACUGCCCAAAAUGCAACCGUCUCGGACUUCAUCGCCCAAAAGAAAGACAUGGAGGACACUCUUUCGCCUAUUCUCUGCAAGCUGUCUGCUCAGUGUAAGUAGAAGUGAUAUUAUGGUGCCGCAGUGAAAU